GAAAGCAGCUCUCAUCCUGCCAAAUACCCGGAUCUGGUGAUGCGCGCAUGCGCAAGACAAGCCCUCAGGGGUUCGCUCACUACAGCGAGGCCUUUCCUCUAGCAUACGCAAUUACUCAGGUAUAUGGAUUUCCCAGGUUGCAGUGUGUGUCGUGACCUGACAUCACUAGUUAGGUGUGCAAAGGGAGCCAAUCCUGCUUCAAUGGGUGGAGCGACCGCUGUAGGCACCCUGAUUAGAAAACACUGAAUGGAUGCAGCUCAUUUGUACUGCAAUGCGUGGGCUGGCUGAUGUGUGGGAGGGAGUACUGACACCCUACACCCUGGGAGUCUGGAAACUUCUGCUUCUCGGCCCUUCCAGUCCUGAGACUCUUCCAGAAUGCGGCAUCCCGGGGUAUAAAGAGCAGCUGGGAACACAGAGCAAAGACAGAGAGACAGACGCAGAGCAGUCUCAUAAGACUGAUAGAGAAUACUACACAGCGGAUAAAGAUUGGAUUUACAUCAGAAGGGUAUACCGCACAUAUAUAUAACAGGAUGCCCGAGGAAGCCAAGAUGAUGGAGGAGGAGGUGGAGACUUUUGCCUUCCAAGCUGAGAUCGCGCAGCUUAUGUCCCUGAUCAUCAACACUUUCUAUUCCAACAAGGAGAUCUUCCUACGAGAAAUUAUCUCCAACUCAUCUGACGCUCUGGACAAAAUCCGCUAUGAGAGUCUUAUCGACCCCAGCAAACUGGAUUCGUGCAAAGAGCUGAAGAUCGACCUGAUCCCCAACCAGCUUGACCGCACCCUGACUAUUAUUGACACCGGCAUCGGCAUGACAAAAGCCGAUCUCAUCAACAACCUGGGCACCAUCGCCAAGUCCGGAACCAAGGCUUUCAUGGAGGCUCUGCAGGCCGGAGCGGAUAUUUCUAUGAUUGGUCAGUUCGGUGUUGGUUUCUACUCGGCCUACCUUGUAGCUGAUAAAGUGACCGUGAUCACCAAGCACAAUGAUGAUGAGCAGUAUAUCUGGGAGUCUUCAGCCGGAGGAUCCUUCACCAUCAGACUAGACCAUGGUGAACCCCUGGGACGUGGGACAAAGGUGAUUUUGCACUUAAAGGAAGAUCAGACUGAGUACUUGGAGGAAAGGAGGGUCAAGGAGGUGGUGAAGAAGCACUCUCAGUUUAUUGGCUACCCCAUCACUUUGUAUGUGGAGAAGCAGCGCGAGAAAGAAGUCAGUAUUGAUGACACAGAAGAAGAAAUGGCAGAAAGCAAGGAUGAAGAAAACAAAGAAGACAAGCCCAAGAUUGAAGACAUAGGAGCUGAUGAAGAGGAAGAUAGCACAAAAGAUGGAAAGAAAAAGAGGACAAGAAAGGUCAAAGAAAAAUACAUUGACCAAGAAGAACUGAAUAAAACCAAACCCAUCUGGACCCGCAACCCCGAUGAUAUUGGCAAUGAAGAGUAUGGAGAGUUCUACAAGAGUCUCACCAACGACUGGGAGGAUCAUCUGGCUGUUAAACACUUCUCUGUGGAAGGACAGCUUGAGUUCAGAGCCCUUCUCUUUGUUCCCAGGCGGGCGUCUUUUGACUUAUUUGAGAACAAGAGGAAGAAGAACAACAUCAAGCUGUACGUGCGCAGAGUCUUCAUCAUGGACAACUGCGAUGAGCUGAUUCCGGAGUUCCUCAAUUUCAUAAAGGGAGUGGUGGACUCGGAGGACUUACCUCUUAACAUUUCCCGUGAGAUGCUGCAACAGAGCAAAAUCCUUAAAGUCAUCCGCAAGAACCUGGUGAAGAAGUGCCUAGAACUAUUUACUGAGCUGGCAGAGGACAAAGAGAACUACAAGAAGUUUUACGAGCAGUUCUCCAAGAAUCUCAAGCUCGGAAUCCAUGAAGAUACCCAGAACCGUAAGAAGCUUUCUGAGCUCCUUCGUUAUCAUUCUUCCGCUUCAGGAGAUGAGAUGAUCUCCCUGACCGAGUAUGUGUCUCGCAUGAAAGAAAAUCAGAAACACAUCUACUACAUCACAGGAGAGACCAAGGAACAAGUGGCUCAUUCAGCCUUCGUGGAAAGACUGAAAAAACACGGCCUAGAAGUGAUCUACAUGACCGAGCCCAUCGAUGAGUAUUGUGUCCAACAGCUCAAAGAGUUUGAUGGAAAGACUUUGGUCUCAGUGACUAAGGAAGGGCUGGAGCUUCCAGAGGAUGAAGAAGAGAAGAAGAAGCAGGAGGAGAUCAAGGCCAAGUUUGAGAAUCUCUGCCAGAUCAUGAAAGAGAUAUUGGACAAGAAAGUAGAAAAGGUGAUCGUCUCAAACAGACUGGUUGAGUCCCCUUGUUGCAUCGUGACCAGCACCUAUGGGUGGUCCGCCAACAUGGAGCGUAUCAUGAAGGCUCAGGCUCUCCGCGACAACUCUACAAUGGGCUAUAUGGCAGCCAAGAAACACCUAGAGAUCAACUGUGAACAUCCGAUCAUCGAAACUCUGAGGCAAAAAGCGGAGACCGACAAGAAUGACAAAUCUGUGAAGGAUCUGGUUACUCUGCUAUUUGAGACUGCCCUCCUGUCAUCCGGUUUCUGCUUGGAAGACCCCCAGACACAUGCCAACCGCAUCUACAGGAUGAUCAAGCUUGGCUUAGGGAUCGACGAAGAUGAUGUCACUCUGGAGGAGGAACCAAGCCCAGUGCUAGAAGAGAUGCCUCCACUAGAGGGAGAUGAUGACGCAUCCAGCAGGAUGGAAGAAGUGGACUGAGAGCGACGACUGCGCCAAAAUCUUAUGUACAGAUGUGAAUAUUUUUCUACAGUAUUUUAUAGAUGGGGGGGGGGGGGGUAAUGCUCUGAUGAUAGAUAAACAAACAUCACUAUGUUAUCUAUCAUCCUGUGGUACAUUUGCAGAGCUGUAAUAGUUAUUUUUUUAUUAUUGCUCCCAAUUUCUGAGCUUUUUGAUGUGUUACUUGCAAUGUGCAGGUUGGCUUAU